GUCAAGUCAAGCGCGCAAUUAUUUUUACCGUAAAAAAACCUAUUGUAAUAGUGGAAAAUUAAGAGAUUGUAAAAUCAUUUUAGUAGUCUUCCUUUUCCCUUUAUUUUGCGGGGAAUUUGCAAACUCGCUGGUUCCUUGAGAGCCUUUGGGUAAGGCCAUAUGCAUGCAGAGCUUACACCGAAACAAAAGAACUGAAAGCGAUUGUAGACACGUGGUCGGCAGAUCACUGAACAUAUCGCUGAGAGAGCUUAAACUCAAACCGCUGAAGCACAGUUAAAAGCAAAUCUGCUGUGAUUUUUCCCGGAUUCGUGAUUACUGGGCGAAUACUUCUACUUUCUUCAGUAAUGUCAGAAACAGAGAACAUGUGUGAGCCCACGCUCCGAGAGAAGGGAGAUGGGGCCGAUGAGCACAACCUUCAAGAGCAACUACAAGAACCUUUCAUAGCAAACGAGACAAAACGUUCCCCAGACAGCGACACAGAAUACGACGAGGAGCAGUCGCGCCUAAAAGACGACGUCGCGGAUGGCCAGACAGACGACACCGGACGAAUACAUAGUUACGCUAAUGGUGUCCACACUGAUGACACGACUUUGUCUGAACAGGAACAGGCGGAGGUCAGACGCGUACGUUUUGACGACGCCACAGAGAUCAUGAACGACUCAAGUACACAAGAAACGAUUACUAGAACUGACCCAGCAAACACAGACCUUACAGAGACCAAUAAAACACGUGCUUUUGAAGAGGACGUACAGACAGAAACAAAAGAUUCUUUUGUGGAGAAGUCAGAUGAUCAACAAGACGAACGGCAAAAUGACGAUAAUGACGAGGAGGUUGAUUCAUCCACGGGAUCAUUAUCUGUAAAUAUCGGCUCCAGUCGACCAGAAUCCGAGACGGCGUCUGUCAGGGAAUCACCAGAAAGUGACAGUGGUAGCGAGGAAAAGGUCACUAUCGAGGAGGACGAUGUCCCCGAAUUCGAGAUGCCGGAAUCCGAUGGAAUUCGUGUCGACGAAACAGAGAAUGGUGAACAAGAAGCGGUCGAUGAGCUUCCUGAGGACAAACCAGAUACAGAAGCUGACAAUUAUGAGCAGAGAGAAGAAACGCCGACAAAAGAAGACGCACUAAAAUCAGAGUGUACGACAAGUGAUUCUGAAGGAACCCCCAGUGCCGCUACAUAUGGCAAGAGUGAUGGAGAGGAAAACGUUGCACAAGAAUCCGAGGAAUCGCUAGACGAUGACGACAAUAAAGAGAACGAUGGAGAGGAGAAAGAGGAAGAGGAAGCAACUGAAGAGCGUAGAAAGAGAAAAGGUGAAAAGCUUCCCAAAGUGUAUGUAUCGUUCGAGAACACUGAAGGGGAAGAGCAAGACCUUAAUGAAGAUGCUAAGCAAGGCCUUGAUGACAUCCUUGAGGACGACAAAGGGAAGGAGGGGCGUGAUGCAACUGAGCCACAAGUCGACAGUGAAAGUCAACAGAGUGAACAGGGUAAAAGAGAGGUCGGCACACAGGUUGAAAUUGAGAAAAGUGAUGCAGAAGAAGAAAGCAAAACAAUAACGGGCAAGGCUCCAACGAAAGAAGCCGAUAUGGAAUCUGACGAAGUUGAUACAAAGGGUGAGAAGGUCGAAACAAAAACAAAAGAAUUGAAAGAAUCCGAGGAAGUCGAAGCAGAGACUGGACAGGUUGAAGAACAGGCUGAAAUGAUUGAGACCGAACCUGAAGUGGUCGAGGUUCACGCUGACGAAGAGAAAGCUGACAAGGCUAAGAUCGAAGAGGCUAAAUCCGAUGAAGCGGAGGCUCAAGCGGAAGCGAUCGAGGCCAAGGUUGAUAAGGUGGAAGCCGAAGAAGAGGAGACUCAAACAGAAUCCCCAACAGAAAAGGUUGAAGAGGCUGAAGCAACGGCUGAAGUACCGAUAGAGGAUGCUGAUACAUCAACAGAAGAAGCAGAAUCACCAGCUGCAGAGCCUGAGGUAGCAGUUAAAGAGGCUGAAGCACCAGUAGAAGAUGAUGCUUUUGAAGAACCAGAAGCACUGAAUGAAAAAGCUGAAGAUCCAAAAGACGAGGAUGAAACACAGGAAGAAAAGGCUGAAGUACCGAUUGACGAGGCUGAGGCGCAGGCGAAAGUGGCUGGGGAAGAGAAAGCGCUAGAAGAAGAAGCUGAAACACUGGUGGAAGAGACUAAGGUAGAAGAAGAUAAAGCGCCGAUUCAAGAGGCUGAAGCAUCGGUUAAAAAAGCUGAAGCAACGGUUGAAGAGAUCGAAGCACCGAUUGAAAGGGCAAAAGAGGUUGAAGCUCAAAGCAAAGAAGUCGAUGCGCCGGUUAAAGAAGUUGAAGCACCAGUUGGAGAGGCUGAAGCACCGGUAGAAGAAAGUGAAGUACUUGUUGAGAAGGCUGAAGCAUCAGUUGAAGAGGCCGAAGUACCGGUCGAUGAGGCUGAAGCAUCGGUUGAAGAAGCCGAAGCACCGGCUCAUGAGGCUGAAGCACCUGUUGAAGAGGCUAAGUCAUCAAUUGAAGAAGCUGAGGUACCGGUUGAAGAAGCUGAGGUACCGGUUGAAGAGGCUGAGGUACCAGAAAAAGGAGCUGAGGCACCGGCUGAGGGUUCCGACGUGCCGACUGAAGAAGCUGGGAUGGCGAUAGAAGAGGCUGUAACAUCGGUUGAGGAAGCUGAAACAUCGGUUGAGGAAGCUGAGGAUAAGGUGCCGGCAGAAAAAGUCGAAGCAUCUAUUGAAGAGGCUGAAGAACCGGGAGAAGAGGUCGAAUCACUGCUCAAGGAGGCUGAAGAACCAGAAGAAGAGGUUGGAGCUCAGGUUGAAGAAGUCGAAGCACCGGUUGAAAAAGCCGCGGCAUCAGUGGAAGAGGCUAAAGUACCGAUGGAAGAUGCUGAAACACAGGCAGAAGAUACCAAAGGAACUUCAGAAGAGGCAGACGCAUCGGUUGAAAAGGCUGAAACUCUGGUAGUGAAGAUGGAGCAGGCAGAGGCAUCAGUUGAAGAAACCGAGUCACCGGUUGAGGAGGCUGAAGUACUGGAAGAAGAGGCUGAAGAUCCCGUUGAAAACGAAGCAGCGGUUGAAGAGGCCGAGAUACCAGCUGAAGAGGUUAAGGUGCCGAUAGAAGAGGCACGAACACCCGCAGAAGAGACCGAAGCACCGGUUGAGGAGGCCGAAGCACUAGGUGAAACACCUAUCGAAGAGGCUGAAUCACCGGAUAAAAAGGUUGAAGCACCUAUUGAGGAGGCUGAAGCACCGGAAGAAGAGGUUGAAGCUACGGUUGAAGACGUCGAAGCACCGAUGGAAGAAGCCGCGGCAUCAGUGGAAGAGGCUGAGGUGCCGAUAGAAAAGGCUAAAACACAGCCAGUAGAUACCGAAGGACCGGUUGAAAACGCUGAAACAUCGUUUGAAGAAGCCGAAGCAGCGGAUGAAGAGACAGAAGAACCGGUUAAGGAGGCUGAAGCAUCGUUUGAAGAGGCCGAAGCACCAGUUGUAGAGACAGAAGAACCGGUAAAGGAGGCUAAAGCAUCGGUUGAAAUAACCGAAGCACCUAUUGAAGAGGCUGAAGCACCGGAAAGGGUCGAAUCAUCGGUUGAGGAGGCUGAGGCACCAGAAGAAGAGGUUGAAGCUCCGGUUGAAGAAGUCGAAGCACCGGUUGAAGAGGCCGUAGCAUCAGUUGAAGAGGCUGAGGUGCCAAUAGAAGAGGCUGAAACACAGGCAGAAGAUACCGAAGGACCGGUUGAGGACGCUGAAGAAUUGGUUCAAGAAGCCAAAGCACCGGUUGAAGAGACUGAAGCACAUUUUGAAGAGGAUGAAGCACCAGCAGAAAAACCGAUUGAGGAGGCUGGACCAUCGGUUCAAGAAGCCGAAGCACCAGUUAAAGAGACUGAGAGACCGGUUGAAGAGGCUGAGGUACAAGCAGAAGAAGCUGAAUCACCGGCGGAAAAAGAAGCACCCGUUGAGGAAGCCGAAACACGGGAAGAAGAAACUGAAGCAACCAAAGAAGAUGAUGUGUCGGUUAAACAGGCCGAGCCAUCCGAGGUAGUACCUGAUGACGAUAUGGACAAAGAGGAGGAAAUUGAGCCGAAGAUAACAGCUGUAGAAAAUAUUCCAGAUGAAGCCAUGCCUAUUGGAGAGGCUGCUACUGAUGCGGAGCAAGAAUCUGUAGAAGGCCAGUUUAACGAUAAAGCAGAAGGAAUUGGUGAAGUUGAUGAGGAUAGACAAGUGGAAGGAGAAUUUAUUAAAGAAGAAAAGGAUGAGCGGUUAGACGCUGAAAGACCAACACAUGAGGAGGAAGAAGUAUCAGAAACAGAGAUUUCUGAGCCAACCAGAACAGAGGACGAAGAAGAGACAGAAUCAUCGACAGUAGGGUCUCCUCCUUAUACCAGCAAGGUGCAGGUCAUCAUUGGUGAUGAGGCUGGAGUAGAAAAAUUGACUGGUGAAAAGAAUGUGAAGGAGCUCGGGAGAUUGUUUGAAGACCACACGGACGACACACCUAAAGCUGUUUACCCUAAGGAUAUAUCAGGGAGCAAGAGUCCAGUUUCUGUGAGACGUUUCCGGGAGAUCUUCGAGCACGGCGAGCCGCUUCUCAGCUCUGCUGCCCUCCACACAGCUCCCAUUGAAGAAAACACAAGUCCUCCUCCUGGUAUUGUCAAGAAUAUGAAGCUGUUGUUCGAAAACCCCAAAACGUUCAAGAUGUAAGCUGUACACUAGAUAGCGAAGAUACUAGACUCUAGACUCGCAGCCGACCAAUGAGCAACCUAGAUAAAUAGCGAUGUAAGAUAAACCAUAAUGUAUUACCGAAGUCAAUUUGUUUAUAAAAAUAUGAAUAUGAAAUCUUCAAUUAUUGUUUUGAAAGGAUUAGGAAGAUUUAUAUUGCAGUUUAAAUAAGUUAAUAUUGAAGAAUGAAGCAUUGGACAAGAUAUUUUAUAGCAAAAAGCAAAUAUAAUAUGUUCAAUGAUCCUGAACGCAUUAUGUAAUAUCUUAUUUUUUAGGGGUGCGUUUAGUACCGUGUCGGAGUAAAUUGAUUUUCGGAAGACAGCGGAGAUUGGUGGCAGCCUUUUAGCGGAAAUUGAAUCAAAAGAUGAUGCGCAAAUCCACUCUGCUUUCUUUUCCAAGUCUACUUAUUUUCUGUUGUGCUAUAUGUUUCUCCCUGUUGUAGAUACUGUUACUUCACUACUACCCCAAGUAAAUUUAGGUCUUGUACGAUAUGGGCUUAUUUUGACUCCAAAUAAACACACUCUCGAGCUAACGCACCCUUAAGACGUACAAUAUUUGAACUUGAAAUUAACGUCUACUAUCGAAUCAGCCUUAGAACUGUAACAGAUCUUGCGAGACUUAAUUUCUCGGCAGAUCUUCUACUAACAGUUAUACGUUACCAAGAUUUUCACUAGGCCGAUGGAUCUGUAAUUUCUGCUAGCGGUUGGCGCGAGGUCUCACGUAUCUCACACGACCCUCUAAUUUUAUCACCUUAACUGUAUAUCCCCGUAUGUGUCAGAAGACAUUUAGUGGAAAUCAUAGUGGUAGUGCUUGUUUGUACACCUUUUAUAACAUUUUUCAAUUUUGCUUCUCAUAAAUUGCAGUACUAGAAUGUCUGGAUACUAACUUCAUAGUACCAUGAUCAAAAAAUAAAUAAGGAAGUUCAGUAA